AUGACCAUUCAUUCAGUAUCAGUGUCAGACAGAAACUUUUAUAAGUGUAAGUUUGAUGGAGGAGGAGAAUCAGAAGAGAGAGAAAUACAAGUGGAAGCACGUAAACGCAACAUUACACUGACAGCAGACAGGAAGACCAUACGAGAGCAGAGUGUGACACUGACCUGCAAUGUGGAGGACUCUGCUGGCUGGAAAUAUGACUGGUUCAGACAAAACUCAACAGAUUCUGAAAAAAGUCUUCAGACAGCAGACGAUGGUGAAUCAGACAGAUUCAGGAUCUCACAGGGAGGCAUUUACACCUGCAGAGGAUGGAGAAGUGAACCAGAUGCCUUCACACCUGAAAGUAAUGCAGUCAUCAUUAAUGAAACAGUUCCCAAUAAGGCUGUUGUGACUCUGCAACCCAACUGGCCUGAGAUAUACAGAGGUGAGACAGUCACCAUCAGAUGUGAGAUCCAGGGAGGUGGAGACACUAAGUGGACGUAUCAAUGGAAACCAGCCAACUUAAACACAUCUCCAACACCCAGUGAACACAAGAUUAGCAGCACCGAUUACGACAGUGGAGGAUACAGUUGUAGAGGAUGGAAGGACUCAUAUUCCUUUACAGAGUGGAGUAAUGUCUUCAGACUGACAGUAUCAUCAAAUAAACCAAAGGCCAAACUGAGAGCUGACAACAGAGAUAUUCCAGUAGGGGGCAGUGUGACCCUGACCUGCUCUGUGGACUCAUCAUCAUCUGGUUGGAAAUACUACUGGUACGGAGGAGAGAAAACCUCUGAACCCCUGACCACACAAGAUGCUGUUUUACAAUCAAAUGGACAAAUCAGGGUCUCACAGGGAGGAUCCUACUGGUGCAGAGGAUGGAGAGGAGACCCAGUUUACCUCACAGAGUACAGUGAUUAUAUUAGGAUCAACAAUAUUGUCUCAAAUAAGGCUGUUGUGACUCUGCAACCCAACUGGCCUGAGAUAUACAAAGGUGAGACAGUCACCAUCAGAUGUGAGAUCCAGGGAGGUGGAGACACUAAGUGGACUUAUCUAUGGAGACCAGACAACUUAAACACAUCUCCAACACUCAGUGAACACAAGAUUAACAGCACCGAUUACAACAGUGGAGGAUACAGUUGUAGAGGACUGAAGGACUCAUAUUCCUUUACAGAGUGGAGUAAUGCCUUCAGACUGACAGUAUCACCAAAUAAACCAAAGACCAAACUGAGAGCUGACAACAGAGAUAUUCCAGUAGGGGGCAGUGUGACCCUGACCUGCUCUGUGGACUCAUCAUCAUCUGGUUGGAAAUACUACUGGUACAGAGGAGAGAAAACCUCUGAACCCCUGACCACACAAGAUGCUGUUUUACAAUCAAAUGGACAAAUCAGUGUCUCACAGGGAGGACUCUACUGGUGCAGAGGAGGGAGAGGAGACCCAGUUUACCACACAGAGUACAGUGAUUAUAUCAGGAUCAACAAUAUUGUCUCAAAUAAGGCUGUUGUGACUCUGCAACCCAACUGGCCUGAGAUAUACAGUGGAGAGACGAUCAUGCUGAGAUGUGAGAUCCAUGAUGGAGACACAGAGUGGGAGUAUGAAUGGAAGAGUCCCCGUUACACAUCUCCAAAUAACAGUGAAUACAUGAUUAGCAAAGCUUCUUCAUACCACAGUGGAAACUACAGAUAUCCACCAGCAGCUGUCCUCACUGUGUCUCCAUUAUGGCUGAGUCCUGGAGACUCUGUAACUCUGAGCUGUGAGGUUGAACAUCCAUCUGCAGGAUGGAGGUUUUACUGGUAUAAGACUGUUCCCGAACUAUCAGACAACUACAUCUAUGAGCUGCUACCUGGUAGCAUCAAAGGGACUGAACAGGAUUCCUACAUCAUUCAUGGACCGACACACACAGCAGGAUAUAUGUGUAGAGCUGGAAGAGGAGACCCAGUGUAUUACACUCAAUACAGCAAACCUGGGUUUGUUUGGUCUGGAGAUGUUCAUUCAGCAGUGACUCUCAAAGUGAGUCCUGACAGAGUGCAGCACUUCACCUCUGACUCUGUCUCACUGAGCUGUGAAGGAAACUUUACUAAGUGGAGAGUGAGGAGGUUUCCUGAGGACCGCUACAGGUCAGACUGUUAUAACUGGAGGUCCUUGACUGGAUCCACGUGCAACAUCAGCAGUUCACAGCAGAGUGAUGCAGUGUACUGGUGUGAGUCUGGAUCAGGAGAGUUCAGCAAUGCAGUCAACAUCACUAUACAGACAGUGUCCAGACCUCAAAACUCUUCAUCUCUUAUACCAUUAAUUGUUGGGCUGGUUUGUGGAGUUGUAUUUAUUAUUCUCCUGAUCCUGUUGUAUCUCUACAGACGAUCCAAAGAUUCUCACUCUGUCAGACCAAUCCAGUCUGAGAGCACCAAUCAGGACUCUGCCACACAUCACAUGGUCAACCUGAAUGAAACUCAAGAUCACAUCUACAAUUCUCUUCUCCAUGGUGAUGUUUGUGUCUAUGAAUCAAUCAGAGGCUCUGAACACCCUGAAAACGGUAAAGUAUAAACCUUAACAUGGAGCAGUCUGAAAUGCAACUAUUGUAUAAUUUAAGAGAAAAUCAUUUACAAAA